CACUGAUCAGUCGCCGCCGUCAGUCGAGUGGAGUGAAUCGCACCGUGCGGACCGACGUCGUCGUUCGCGUGCCACGUACACACACACACAUACACACACGCGUGCGCGCGCACCACUCACUGUCGUCCGCGAAAAUCCAACGCCCGUCGCCGCGAUAGUGAAUCAGUGAGACGCCACACGGGUCAGUGUUUUAGGUUUUUUUUCGUCGCGUUUGUUUCGUUAAAAAAUUUUUACGCACGCGAACGUGUCGUGGACCGUCGUCCAACUCGGUGUCGAUCGUUUUACCGUCGGAAAAUUUUUUUAAAAUUUGAAAAUAAUAAUUUCCGCGCGCGCUCGAAUUCGCCCGCCGCCGUUAUCUCGUCCGCGCGCGCCUCCGUGUGCUUGUGUGCGAAAUAAUCUCGGUCGCGUCGUGCUCCUGGUUUUUCUUUUUAACCGCGACCAAGGUAUAAUAUUAAUCGCUCAUCUUCCCGCCUACCGUCCGUUUCGAAAGUGUCGGUACCGGUGAAAUCCGGUCGAGUUCCCAUUUUCGGCAUUUUCGAAUAAAAUUCACCUUCUUCCAGCAGAUGCCUGUCGACUCGACUUCACUUUUGCCGGAUUGACCUUCAUAAAUUUACAACAAGUGGAUUUUUGAAAAAUUCUUCUACAUCAAUAACGUGGUUAUGUGAAGUGGUUUCAUAGAGCCUAUAGGAGUUUUCUCUGCACGGAUACUGCAUAACCUUACAUCAAAGUUGAUCCCAGAACAGAUAAAUAAUACUAGUGGAUCAUCGAAAAUGACCACGGACAUGGACGCGCGAACAUUUCAGAGCGCAAUUUACAAUAGCCACGAGGUCCAUUACUAUUGCGUUCAGCUGAAGUAGUAAUAUUAUGGACUCGGGAUUUAGCAACAUGUUGGAAAACACUAGGAAAUACUUCCAAGGGAUCCCCGCGGACGCGGCCUCCACCGCAGCAGCAGCUGCAGCAGCAGCGGCCGCCCAACUGCAUUUUCCGCCGCCGAUGCCCCCGUCGCAUCAUCUGCACCACAACGGCGGUGGAGGUGGCCGGUCGUCGAUGAACUCGUCGUCAUCGUCGUCGUCAUCAUCGUCGGAACCGUCAUCGGCGGCGGCCACAGAUCGGUUCCCGGGCUAUCACCACCCACACUUACGAUACAACUUUCAGCCGUACUCAUCACCGGGCCACUACCCGCGCACCGCCGUCGAUCCUAAGCCCACGGCUUACCAGCACCACCACUUUCAGCCGCCGUCGCCACUGCAAUACCAUCACCAACAACAACAACAACAACAGCAGCAGCAGCAUCACCAUCAGCUGCCGCCUUCUACGUCGUCGUCAUCGUCGUCACCGCCGUCGCCGUAUAAGUCGCCGUACUCGCUGCAGCCACUGCAGCCACCACCGCUGACUGUUAAACAACAACAACAACCGCCUCCGUCUCAGUUCAAACCGAUGUCGGCCGCUCGAUCGUCGACGCCCGUCUCCGCCGCAGGCAAACAGUACUCGCCGCCGAAACCGCCGCAGUCGCCAUACGCGGUGGUGCCCAAGCCAACAUCCGGUGCGCCGCAUUCGCCGUACACCGCGCCUAAAGAACAGCAGCCGUCGGUGCCCGAGACGCCGCCCCCUUCGCCACAGUCAUCGCACUACUACAAUAGGACGACGCACAGUGGCCUGCAACAGCAGGCCAUCGACAGGGAUUACUUGCGGUUCAAGCCCAUACAGACUCCACCGCCGCCACCCAAGUUUCAACCGUUGGAGAGGCCAAAGUCAGAAGUGCCCGUGACCAGCGGGACGGGACUGCAGUCCUCGCAUUUAGCCAUCAGGUAUGACCCGAAACUCGAGCAGCCCCGUAGCGGUGUCAGAGCGGUGCCAAUAGCUCAGGCCAAGCAACCGUCAUCAUCAUCUUCGUCGGCCACAGUGGCGGCCCAGCAUGACGUUAACCGAGUGAUCGUGCAGAAACCCGAACCGUUACGAUAUAAUCAUCAGCAGCAACAACAACAGCAGCAGCAGCAGCACCAACAACAUCAGCUUAACAACAACCAUCCUCAUAGAUCGUCGACGUUGUCGGACGACCAUCAUCAUCACCAUCAGAAACGACCGGCCUCCGUACAGCCGUCGUACUUGGAGUCCAGACCGUUCCAGAUCAAGCCGUAUGAUGGGGGCAACAACAACAGUAACGGCAGCAAUAGCAAUGGCAGCAGCGGCAGCGGCCAGUCGUCAUCCGCGUCGUCGUAUCACAGGCCGUUCACUGUGGCACCGCAACCACUGCCGCCGUCAUCGCAGGCCUCCUCCGCCAUUAUCGUGUCUGGCAUGGACCACCACCGUUGGGCCGCAUUCGACGGCCGAGCGCCACCCUCGUUCCUGCAGCAACAUUCGUCGUCCUCCUCGGCGGCUGCAGUCAUCAACGGUUACCACCAUCACCAACGUCCGCCGCCGCCAUCGUCAUCGUCGCUUCCGGCAACCGUAGUGUCUCAGCACCAUCAACAUCAUUCGUUGUCCAGACAACAGCAACAGUCGCAACAUUAUCCGCUCAACUUGCACAAGCUCACGCAGCCGGCUCGACCGGCCACUGCCGCCGGUCAAUUGCAACAGCCGGUGAAAUCGGGCCAAGAAAACAAAACGGCCAAGUUGCGGUUCGAGACUACGAAACGCGAGUCUCCGUUGGACCUGUCUGUGAAGACUGUGUGUCGGUCGGCCGACUCGACCGACGACCGGUUGAAUCCAUUCGGGCACGACAUACCCAAAGUGAACUUCAAACCGGACUUCCACAGGUCUUUACCGGGUACGGCCACGGUGGCACCUCCGCAAACCGCAGUUGUCGUCGUCGGCGGCCAGCAGCACCAACAGCCCAACAACGCUGCCACCGCCGCCUACACCCAUCACCAUCAAUUCGCUCCUCAGAUAUCGUUUUCCCUUCCUCCGCCAACGCCGCUACCACCGCCACCGCCGACCGUGGUCGUAGUGCAGUCUUCGCCGCAGCAACCGUUACCGUCGGUGGCAGCCGCCCCGACGACUCCACUGCCGCCGAUAGUGCGCUCACACCACCCCCACAACAACAACCAUCAAGUUCCGCCGCUGUCGUCGGCCGAUGAAGCUUGGCGGGCAGCCAUCGACAGGCAGAUCGAACAGAAGUUCAACUCUUACACUUCGUCCAAGAAACAUCAUCCCCAUCCGCUGCACCAGUAUCAACAGCUCCCGCAGCACCAGCACCUGCACCAUCCGAUUCCGCCAACCGCGAUGCAGCAGCAGCAGCAGCCUCCACCACCACCGCCGCCGCCGCAACAAGGUCCCGCGCAGGCCGACAAGCGCGUGUUAGAGAUACUCAAGCAGAACAUCGAGGCACGUGACCAGAGCAGCCGGCCGCAGAUCGCCGAGGCGCCGUCUACGCCGGCUAUGGUGUUUUCGACGCCCAUCCGGAAGGAACCUUCGACCACGCCUCUCAAGAAAACUGACUAUUACAUGGCCGAGCGCACGGCCGUCACGCCGUUCCCCAAAAAGAUUGACUACUACAUGGACAGGGGGUACUGCAACGCUCCGAGGAUCCGGACCAAAGCCGAGAGGAAACAGAUAUCUGCUGAAGAAUCGUCUAGUGGCACGAGGAUGAGCAGCCCAAUGGCUGCUGCAACUGCCAUAUCACCUCACCCAUUUUUGCCAUCCAAUAACAGCGCACCUCAAGCAAAACAAGAUCCUACUCCGCUCACACAAACUGAAGCAGUUAUAGAUCUCAAGCUCGAUAUCAAACGAGAACCGUCGCCCAUCAAAGAAGCAGAUCUGAGUCUGUUAACUAAGGAAGAAGAACCCGAGAAAGAUGAGGACGACGAGGACUUCUGGACAAACACGUGCAAUUCAUUUGUGGUGCAGUUGGCCGAAACCCAAGAAAAGAAAAAAGUCAAAACGCCAGUCAAAAGGAAAUCGGCAAAAGAAUUGCAACCACAACCCCCCAAGAGAAAGUACACAAAACGAAUAAAAAUAGAACCAAUUACUGAAACCGAUAAAGACAAUAAAUCAUCAGAUGUUCGAAACACGUCAAAAUCCGCUGAAGAAGUGAAAUUGGAAAAUUCUCCUCUCUCAGGAAAUGUUAUUUGUGAAGAAACUUCACAGAAAGACGCAGAAACUUUGGAUAUGGACAAAGAAAAUAAAACAAAGCUAGAUGACCUAGAAAAGGCUGUGGACGACACCAAAAACAAAGAAGACAACGAAGAAAAAUCAGCUAAAGGAAAACCCAGAAAAAAACGACUCUUUAAGCCAUUGAUCGCUAAAGUCAAGAAAAUAAAAAAAGAACAUAAAAAGGAGCUAAAAUUGAAAGAACUGAAAAAAGAAACGAAAAAGGAAGAAAAGAAAGAACUGAAAAAGGCAGAAAAGAAAGACAAGGAAACAGUUAAGAAAGAACAACUUCCAAAAUUGGAAAAGAAAGAGCUGGCAGCGGUAGCAAAAGAAGAGAAGAAAGGACUGAAAAAAGAAGAAAAACGCGAUCUCAAGAAGGAUCAACAACAACCAGACCCCGGCAACAAAAAAGAUUUCAACAAGAAGGAGAGUAAAAAAACCGAAGCUGCUCGGAAAAAAGUUGUGGUGGAAAAGGAAAACCUGACAAAAAACACUGAAAACACGUCGAGGAGAUCUGCCGCCGCCACCGCCGCUAUCGAAGUAGCCGGCAAGAUUAAUCCCAGGCAGUCUCUGAGGCGAAAGAAUUCGCUGAAAGACUACUCGUUCGCUUUUGACGAGUUAUUGGACGACGCGUUUGCACAUUUUGAAACCGUUAAGAUACCAGUGAAAAGAAGGCGGAAGUGCGCGUCUCCAUCGCCGAGCCCUGCUCCGACAGUGGUUGCUGCCGCAGUCGGUGCCACACAAGUGAUCGCUGUUGUCAAGAAGGCCAAAGAGAAGGACAACGAAACGAUCCGGAUGCGGUUGCGGUCUCGGAACAGACCACUGCAGGCAAAGCAGGAACCACUACAGACAUCCUCCAAGAAGAAGGCCAACGCAAAAAACAAAAUCAUUCCAAAGAGGCGGCGAAAAAAGUCGCUCGGUGAGAAAUCAACACUUGCCGCCACCGUCGUUUCGACCACGGAUAACUGGAAGGACGAACUUUACAAAUUCAAGAGGUCGUUGCGCCUUCCGUCCAAACUCAUAUCGGUAGUGUCACCGCCGACCGCCGGAGCCGUGGCCGCCGAUCAGGUGUCGUUGACCUCCAUCAUGAACAUUCCAGCGCAUUCAAAGCCGGUCAAGGAGUCCAAAGCGGCCAAGUUGGCGGCGUGCCAGUCGUUACAAGCGGUCGGACUUGGUGCAUUAACUGGCAAGAACAAGCCAAAACGGUUGGGUGGCCAUAUGUUCGGGCGCCGGGACGUUAUGUUCAAGGGACGGCGUCUGAUGAAGCGUGAGAAGAUCGUGUCCGCAGAGAAAUUGAUGCAGCGGAACUUGCGGAAGAGACGUCAGCGUGAGGACGAGGUGAUGAAAAAGGGGUGUACCGGCGAAGAGGUCGCCGCAUCUCACCUAGACGACGAAGACGAGGAGGAGGAGGAGGAAGAAGAGGUGCAAGCCGGUGUUGAAGAAGGCGAUGGUGGUGCUGGAGGUAGUGGUGUAAAACCACCGGUGCGCAUGCUGUUCAAACGGAAGUUGAUGCGCAAAAAGUUUCGGUCGGGUUUCGACUAUAUCAAGAAAAAAAAGAAGAAGGAACCAGUAUCGGACAAGAAACCCGCUACCUUGGUGACUCCUACCGCCGCCGCCUCCACCUCCGUUCCACCAAGCGCGCCACGUUACGUGUCUGAAAUCCACGCUGAGAUCAAAGGGUGGAUAGUCAACAAGGGACACGGUGAGACAGUACUCCACCGAGCCGCCAGACUAGGUGUCAAU